AUGGAAAUUAUGCUUGCGGCACUUUUCUUCCUGGCACAAAAUGAAUCCGGUUCACAAUCGGCUAUUCCCGAAGCUGUAUUAAUGUGUGUGUUAAUCGUUAUCACGAUUGGUGUUCAAUUUGUGAUGAAGUCAAGCUUCGAUCCUCUCACAUACUAUUUGCCUGUCGAUGCAGAAGAAGUCUCACGAGUGGAAGUUCCCAUCUCUGAAAAAUUUGUAUGGGCCAAGACGGCCAUCAGUGUUCUGAGACUUCCUGGAACAACUCGUGGUACUGACGCUGUCAACAAUAUAAGGGAUAUGGUAGUUGAGCGGUACGACAAUACAAUGGAAAACACAUACAUGCAUCCAGCAAUACGAGAUCCCAAACCAAUAAUCUGGAUAGCCCAUGAUAAGUUGGGUAUUGCGGCAAACGAAGUACAGCGAACUCGAGCUUCCGAAUUAGAUAUUAGUAUGUCGACUGAAGGAGCAUGGUUUGAUGAAAUGAACAAUAUUCAAAUCGAUGGUCUGCCUCCUGAUUAUGUGGAAAUGAUAGAAAAAACAACUGUUCAAUGUCGUUUUUAG